UCUAAUCUUUCUCACAUUCCCCAUAUUAUAUUAUACUUUUACCCACACCAUCCUCCGUUAUUUACAUAUUUGCCACUCCUCGACUUAUGUAAGCUUUUUUCCCGGUGACCGGCGUCAAUACAAGAGCCACCACCGCUUCUCCAAGACGGUUUAAAAACAAAUCGUUAAAACAAUGAAGAACGGUAACAAGAAAGCAACGCCGGAAACAGAGAAGUCUCACCGGAGAAAAAUCUCGGAUAAAGCGAUGUCGUUUCACGGAAGAGGAACGACGCCGCUAUCGAACCCGGGAGAGCUUCGGAGACCGAAGACGUUACCGGAACUAUUCUCAACCGGUGGUCAAAGCAUCACUAGAUCGGAUACGGCUUCGUUCCCGCCGCGUCUGACGAAACUGUUACUCAACGUGACGGUUCAAGGGAGUUUAGGAGCUGUUCAGAUUAUCAUCUCGCCGGAAUCCACCGUUAGCGACUUAAUCGACGCCGCGAUUCGUCAGUAUGUUAAAGAAGCUCGCCGGCCAUUCUUACCGGAAUCUGAACCGUCGCGGUUUGAUCUUCAUUACUCUCAGUUUAGUCUUGAGAGUAUCGGAAGAGACGAGAAACUGAUAUCGCUUGGUUCAAGAAACUUUUUCUUGUGUGGCCGGAUAAAUAACGCCGGCGGUGGUGGUUCGUCGUCGUCGGAAUCUUGUUCGAAGGAAGCUGAGAAAGUGGCUAAAACUAGUUUCCAUUGGCUCAAAUUUAUUGGCUUCUAGAAGUUUUAAACAUUUUGGAUCAUUAUUGCUUUUUUUUUUCCAAAUUAUUUUCAACAUUUAUUUAUUUUCUAGGAAGAAAUAUAUAUAUUUUUAUUUAGUAAUCUGUAAAUAUAUUUCUAUAUAGAAAAUGAAUGAUCAUCAUAAAUUAGUGGUACAUAAUGUCUUUUUUUAUUCAAUUAUAUGCCAAGAUGAUUCAAGAAAGGUCUAAAUACAUUUUGACAUAAUGAA